AUGCCCAAAUUCAAAGGCGGCCAAUGGGAAGACCGAUUAAAAGCAAAGAAUGCUGUCAAGCACCAUGCAAAAAAGAGGGCUACUAGUAUCAAAACCGCCAAACUCAAUAUUCCAUGAAUCACCCCUACCCCUCCUUCUGAAACCGCAAAAACAGUAGUAAAGCGCAGACGCGGUGACGAAACCCCCAAGCAGACACCCGCACCGCAGGUUGUCCAGACAGGGGAGUUCGUAUCCUUCCUAUGCACCGGGAAUCCCGCAGCUUCAAGUGCUAUCACGGGUGACGAGGGGGAGGAAGGAGAGGGGAAUGAGCCAUUAAACGCUCAGCUAGUGAAUGGAUAUACUAUUUUCCCAACACUGAGAUUAUCUCCUGUACUCGCAAAUCACCUUAAGACAAAACAAUUGCUGAAAGCGCCCACAACCAUCUAG